AUGGAGUCAGCACAUCUCAAGUUGACCGAUCAGAUCAUUCAAGAUCAGGAGACACCCAGGACCACGCCGCCCGUCCAUGUCAACCCUGAAGGUCACGAUGUUCUCAGGAGCGACGAUGCCCCCUCCUCAAAUGCCUGGACCACGUCAACCCCCCAGUCCCAGGCUGCGACGCCGCCUAUGACGACAGGCCUAGACGGCUUCUCGUACAGCUCGCUCAUGGACCUGGCCUCUCAGCACCAGCAGCAGCCGCAUCCGACGACGACGUCCAUGGGUGGUGAUCCCGGCUCCGUCGUCUCCAUCGGGCCCAUGUCUACCGGAUCGCCAUCUCGCCCGAUCUCGUCUCAGGAUUUCCAGACUCCCUCUUCUCUCGAUGGUCAACUCCACGCCCACAAGCACCUCUACGAGAACCAGUACGCCCUCCAGGCUCUGACGUCGGACAUGCCCAUCGGCCCGGCCUACACGAGCGACGAGGUGGUCCCCAUCGUCGACGCCGAGACCUCGCACCACGGGGUGGGGGGCUACUACGGGUACCCGCUCAGCCACGACGACGUCGACAGCCGCCGCAUCUCCGGCUCGUCCUUCACCAUGUCCACCUGCGGCGCCAUGUCCGACAUGGCCCCCUACGAGGACAUCUCGGCCGCCAUGUCCGACGCCCAGUCCGACUACCACCCCCCGACCACGGCGUCGACCAGGACCUCGUGGAUGUCGUCCUCCCACCUCUCCCCGCUGGCCUCCCCGCGCAUGAGCGCCCAGAACAUGACGGGCAGCAGCCACGGCGCCGGCAGCCACCGUCCCGAGCUGGUCAGGACCCAGAGCCGCGGCAGGGCCUCGCCCUCCCCCCGCCCCAGCGUCCGCUCGGCCCCUUACUCCAUCGACGGCAGCCAGAGGAACAGGCAGAGGUGGUCUACCGGGACCUACAGCACCGGCAACAACAACCGUAGGCACUCGCCCUACUACAUGGGUCCCGAGUCCCACGUGGCCACGACGCCCCCCUUCCAACGUGAGUCUUUUCGUCAUCCCGUCAACACCUCGAGACCUUCCCCACCCAAUAGGGUGUCCUCCCAAGCCUCCUACCUCACAGCCCCCCCCCGCUCCGUCCAGCGCAAGAGCAUGCUCCUGCCGACGCAGCUGCCGUCCCAGCUACCCUCUCAGCUGGCCUCGCAGCCCCUCCACGGCAGCGGCGUCGGCGGCGACAUGCAGUCUGGCCUGGACGGCGCGGCCCCCUCCCGGCCGCUGUCGCAGGACUUCUUCCGGAUGCUCCACAGCAACGCCGACAGCCGCUCGGUCCACCAGCGGCGGUACACGACGGACCUGUCCGACCCGCCGGACCUGUUCGGCUACCUGAGCGAGGAGCCGUGCAGCCCGCCGGAGGAGGACAUGAACCCGUCGGACCCGGACAUGGUGCCCCGCGAGCAGGACCUCCGCUUCGACGGCGACCUGUACACGCCCAAGUGGGUGAGGGGCCACGGCAACAAGCGCGAGGGCUGGUGCGGCAUCUGCAAGCCGGGGAGGUGGCUGGUCCUCAAGAACUCGGCCUACUGGUACGACAAGUCCUUCUCGCACGGCAUCAGCGCCGCCACCGGGAGCCCCUUCCAGGAGCCGCUGGACUCGAGGCGCACCGACGGCAACCCCGACGUCUGGGAGGGCCUCUGCGGAGGCUGCAACGACUGGAUCGCCCUGGUCAGCAGUAAGAAGAAGGGUACCACCUGGUUCCGACACGCCUACAAGUGCCAUUCUCACCCCAAGGCAAAGGACGGAGCCAAGAGACGCCGAGAGAACAGCAACGUCAGACUGCCCCCCGCUCCCCUGGGCAAGUCGAGUCGACUAGACCAACAGCAGCUGCAGUCGCCGUACCACCAACCCCAGCAUUCGCCGUACCACCAGCCUCAGCCGUCACCCUACCACUCCCACCACCAGCAGUUCCACCCGGGACUCUCGUCCCCCUACGUUCCCGGUAUGGUCACCCCAUCACCGGGAGGGCAUCAGCAUCAUCAUCAUCAGCAGCAGCAGCAUGCCGGUGGCGGCGGCGUCCCUCCUCCCACUCCUAUGACGUAUGGGUCCAGGCACAGCAAUCCUACGCCCAUGUCUUCUCAGGUCCAGAUGGCACCUGCUCUGUACCUGAAUGACAUGUAUCCCAACAUGAUAUAG